AUGUGGAACACAGAGGAAGGAAACCAUACUUUCAUCACAAAAUUCAUUCUCUUGGGAUUUGGGUAUCUACCUGAACUGAAGCUUUUCCUUUUCUGCAUGUUCCUCAUGAUUUAUAUCUUAACAUUGAUUGGGAAUUUUCUCAUCAUUUUGUUAGUUGUAGCUGAUCAGCACCUUCACACUCCCAUGUACUAUUUCUUGGGCAAUUUGUCUUUCCUGGAGAUUUGCUACAGCUCAAUCAUCCUUCCAAAAAUGUUGACCGAUUUGAUAAGUAGAGAGAGAACCAUUUCUGUUAGUGGCUGCAUAGCCCAAUUGUAUUUCUUUGGCUUUUGUUCAUCAACAGAAACGUAUCUCCUGGCAGCAAUGUCCUAUGACCGCUAUCUGGCAAUAUGUCGACCUUUACACUACACCACCAUCAUGCAUGGAAAGCUCUGUUUUCAACUCAUGGCUGGGGCAUGUAUGAAUUCUUUCAUGGGCAGUUGUACAAUAGCAUACCUGAUGGCCCAGUUAUCCUUCUGUGGCCCAAAUGUCAUAGAUCAUUACUUUUGUGACUUCACCCCAAUAGAAAAACUUUCCUGCAGUGAUACAAGCCUGAUUGAACUUGUCACCUUUGUCUUGACCUUUGAUUUCACCAUCACCCCAUUCCUACUGACUCUCACAUCCUAUGUUUACAUUAUCACCACCAUCUUAAAGAUCCCAUCUGCUAUUGGAAGGAAAAAAGCGUUUUUGACCUGCUCCUCUCAUCUCACCGUGGUUUGCAUUUUUUACGCUACAAUAAUAAUCGUCUACAUGUUGCCAGCCACCCCGACUCUGAGAGAUCUCAAUAAAGUAUUCUCCCUUUUCUACACCAUCCUAACUCCCUUGAUCAAUCCCCUCAUCUAUAGCUUGAGAAACAAAGAUGUUCACAAAGCCCUAAGAACUGUUUGCAGUAGAUGGCUAUUUUUUGUAAGGAGUCAUCUGAAUCCACCCCUUUCCUCUAUCUUUAAAACCCAAACAAAAGUUGUGAGGCGUAGCUGCUGA